CAGGGCGAGGAGCUGCCCGGCCCCACCUGCGGCGGGGAUUAUGCCAGCGGAGCGCGGGCACGGCGGAGAGCGGCGGCUCGUGGGAGGCGGCAGCGGGAGCCGGGAGCAGCCGGUUGUUGACACAUGUGGACCAACAGUGACAUCCUUCUUCAGCAAUGCUGUCUUGACUCCCUCCUGCAUUCAGAAGCAUCUAGAGAGAUUUCUUGCCAAAGGGAUCCUCAAUGCAUUUCUUUGCCAUUAUUUAAGGAGCCUUUACUAAAAGCUUCUGGAUUGAGUUUCUAAGCGGACAAAAGAUUUUGUAUUCAAAAUGCUUAUAAAGGAGUAUCGUAUUCCUCUUCCGAUGAGUGUGGAAGAAUAUCGAAUUGCACAGCUCUACAUGAUACAGAAAAAGAGCAGAGAGGAGACAUGUGGGGAAGGCAGCGGAGUAGAGAUCCUGGAGAACAGGCCAUACAUGGAUGGGCCAGGAGGGAAUGGGCAGUAUACUCACAAAGUGUACCACAUUGGUAUGCACAUACCCAGCUGGUUUCGGUCAAUAUUGCCCAAGGCAGCUUUGAGAGUCGAAGAGGAAUCGUGGAAUGCAUAUCCUUACACCAGGACAAGGUAUACGUGCCCUUUUGUGGAGAAGUUCUCUAUUGAUAUCGAGACGUACUACAAAACCGAUCCAGGAGAGCACGUCAAUGUUUUCAACCUUUCUCCUGCAGAAAAGAGACAAACCAUUCUAGAUCCUAUUGAUAUUGUUAAAGAUCCUAUCCCUCCACAUGAAUACAAAGCCGAGGAGGAUCCAAAGCUGUAUAAGUCAGUGAAGACUAAAAGAGGCCCACUAUCGGAAGACUGGAUUCAAGAGUACAAGAGCAACCCUGGGAAAUACCCCAUCAUGUGUGCAUAUAAACUUUGUAAAGUCGAGUUCAGAUACUGGGGGAUGCAGUCAAAAAUCGAGCGUUUUAUCCAUGAUGUUGGCUUGCGGAAGGUCAUGGUCCGUGCACACCGCCAGGCUUGGUGCUGGCAGGAUGAGUACGGGCUGACCAUGGAGGACAUCCGGCAGCUGGAGAAAGAGGCACAACUGAUGCUGGCUCAGAAGAUGGCCCAGUUCUGCGGUGAAAAUGAUUCUGAGCAGCAUGGAGUCAAAGAUGCUCCUGGUGAGAAAGAUGCUGAAGCCGACGCAGUUUCACCUGUUGACCCAGAAGAUGCCUCUGGUAACAGUGAAACAGCCUCUGGGAGAUCACUCACCAAGCAGUGGUCCACCUCUUCCAAGUCCUCCCGGUCUUCAAAGAGAGGAGCAAGUCCCUCACGCCAUAGUAUCUCGGAGUGGAGGAUGCAGAGCAUUGCCAGGGAUUCAGAUGACAGCUCAGAUGAUGAAUUCUUUGAUGCACACGAGGACUUGUCUGACAAUGAGGAAAUGUUCCCGAAAGAAAUAACCAAAUGGAGUUCCAAUGAUCUGAUGGAUAAAAUUGAAACCCCCGAAUGUGAUGAUGUCCCGGGUGACUUGUAUCAUGAGACAUCAGCAGAGUACCACGUUGGCUCCAGCGUCGAGAGGCUCAGCAUCAUUGAAGAUGAAUCAGUGCAGCCAUUAAUGCAGCCAAGUAAAAUCCAUGUCCUCCUCUUAGUACUCCAUGGAGGGAACAUCCUAGACUCGGGAAGUGGUGAUCAGAGCUCUAAGCAAGGGGAUGUCAACACCAUCACGACUGUCUUUGACACAGUGAUGAGGGUGCAUUACCCAGCUGCUCUUGGACACAUUGCCAUCAGGCUAGUCCCUUGCCCAGCCAUCUGCUCCGAAGCCUUUUCGCUGGUGUCCAGCCUCAGCCCAUAUAGUUAUGAUGAAGGCUGCCUGUCCAACAGCCAGGAUCACAUUCCCCUUGCUGCCCUCCCUCUGCUAGCAACAUCAUCACCUCAGUACCAAGAAGCAGUGGCCACAGUGAUCGUCAGAGCCAACCAGGCCUACAGCGAGUUCAUCAAAUCCCAGGAGGGAAUGUCAUUCAAUGGCCAGGUCUGCUUGGUUGGGGACUGUGUCGGAGGAAUUCUAGGAUUUGAUGCCUUAUGCUACAGCAAUCAAACUGUGUCUGAGAGCCAAAACAGCAGUCGAAGAGGGAGUGUUGUGAGUGUCCAGGAUACCGACCUGCUGUCUCCUGGAAUAACAGUGAACAACAGCUAUUGCUCCAGUGGCUCUAAUCUGGAAGCCAGCAGACACCUCAGCAGGAGCAACAUUGAUAUUCCCCGUAGCAACGGAGAGGAUCCAAAGAAGCAGCUGCCACGAAAGAGGAGUGAUUCGUCAACCUACGAACUGGACACAAUAAAGCAGCAUCAAGCCUUCCUUUCAAGUUUACAUUCUAGUGUUCUGAGGAAUGACCCGGGAUCCAGGCGAUCUAGUAGCUCCACGAUGCUGGAUGGAGGAAACAUUGGAAAGUUUGAAUUUGAGAUCACUGACUUCUUCCUCUUCGGUUCUCCCCUGGGUCUGGUUCUUGCACUGCGAAAAACUGUCAUUCCAGCUCUUGACAUCUUUCAGCUCAGACCAGCUUGUCAGCAGGUCUAUAACCUGUUCCACCCUGCAGACCCAUCCGCUUCACGCCUCGAGCCCCUUCUGGAGAGGAAAUUCUACCUUUUACCCCCCUUUAAUAUUCCCCGUUACCAGAGGUUCCCACUGGGUGAUGGCAAUUCUGCUGUUCUGGUUGAGACAAUCCAGAACAAUCCCAUCCUCCUCAUGGAAAGUAGCCCUCUGGGUGCUGCCCAGAACCAGGACAGCUUCAUGGAAACAAGUAUCCCCGUUCCCGUACUGAAUUGGCAAGAUGUUUCCAAUAAAAGUGCCGGUUUUGCUGAGUCAGAUGUUGUUCAGUCUCAUGGUGCCGUCUUCAUGGAAAGCGCGUCCCUGUCCACCCCCAUUUCAGCCCCUCAGUUCAGGGGCUUCCGGAGAGCCAGUGAGAUCAGCAUUGCCAGCCAGGUCUCAGGAAUGGCAGACAGUUACACUGCUUCCAACAUAGCCAACAUUGCUGCCAAGUGGUGGGGAACCAAAAGGAUCGACUACGCUCUCUACUGUCCCGACGCUCUGACAGCUUUCCCUACGGUCGCCUUACCACAUCUCUUCCACGCCAGCUACUGGGAGUCCACAGACGUCGUCUCCUUCCUACUGAGACAGGUGAUGAGACACGAGAAUUCGAGUGUGUUGGAGCUGGAUGGGAAGGAGGUGUCUGUCUUCACCCCCUCCAAGCCCCGCGAGAAGUGGCUGCGUAAGAGGACACACGUGAAGCUGCGGAAUGUCACAGCCAACCACAGGAUAAAUGACACCAUUGCUAAUGAAGAUGGGCCCCAAACCCUGACUGGAAGGUUUAUGUACGGUCCAUUAGAUAUGGUCACACUCACAGGAGAAAAGGUGGACAUUCACAUCAUGACCCAGCCUCCGUCAGGAGAGUGGGUUUAUUUCGACACCGAGAUCAGCAACAGCAGUGGCAGAAUUUCUUAUGUCAUCCCUGAGAACCGGCGCCUGGGCAUUGGUGUGUACCCCGUCAAGAUGGUGGUCAGGGGUGACCACACAUACGCAGACAGCUACAUCACAGUUCUGCCAAAGGGGACAGAGUUUGUGGUGUUCAGCAUCGACGGCUCCUUUGCUGCCAGUGUAUCCAUCAUGGGCAGCGACCCCAAAGUCCGCGCCGGAGCAGUUGACGUUGUAAGGCACUGGCAAGACCUUGGCUACCUCAUUAUCUACGUCACGGGCCGCCCCGACAUGCAGAAGCAGAGGGUGGUAGCGUGGUUAGCACAGCACAACUUCCCCCAUGGGAUCGUCUCAUUCUGCGAUGGGCUCGUUCACGAUCCACUGCGGCACAAGGCCAACUUCCUGAAAUCCCUCAUCACAGAUCUCCACAUGAGGAUCCAUGCGGCAUAUGGAUCCACCAAGGACAUCUCUGUGUACAGCUCCAUCAGCCUCCCGCCCACACACAUCUACAUUGUUGGCCGACCCACUAAGAAGCUGCAGAGCCAGUGUCAGUUCAUCACAGAGGGUUAUGCAGCCCACCUGGCCCAGCUGGAGUACAACCAUCGCUCACGCCCCGCCAAGAACACCACGCGCAUGGCGCUGCGGAAGGGCAGCUUCGGGCUGCCCAGCCAGACUGAGUUCCUGCGCAAAAGGAACCACCUGCUGCGGACCAUCUCCUCCCAGCCCUCAGCAGCUGGAGGCAGCGCCGGCCAUCGCCCUGAGCGCACCCAGAGCCAGUCUGAUGGCGACAAGGAGAGGGACAGGGAACGCAGCCAAAGAAGUAUGAGCAUCGCCACGGGGUGCUGGGGCCGCAGCACACCAUCCCGCCUGGAGUCUGGCUUCCUGGGGCAGAAAUAGCAGAGCCAGAGCCAGCGACUGUCGGCUGCAGCCACCGGAGGAGAGAACAAAAGGAAAGAGGGAUGAGGCCGGCGUUAAUGUGGAAGGGGUAAAUAUGGUGCUACUCUCAUAACAUCGUGGUAUUCUGGGAAGAGAUGGGAUGUUUCCCACACGGAAUGUUCAGGCCUUGCAAGCGGGAGCGUCAGGUUUGUGUGGCAUGAGCUCAAGGAACAACUGGAAAUUGGGGGGGGGAAGUCUCCAGGUCAAGAUUGCGCUCUUUCCUGCCUCCUUCUCUUAUCCAGGUAUAGUGACUGUAAAUACGUGCCUCCUCACCUUCUUAGCCAUCGCUCCAGUGUGUGUGACCGAGUGCUGUCCUCAGAGCCACAGAACAGGGGGUGAGGUUGGGGAAUUUGCUUGUGGCUGUCCCAGGAGCCGCUGGAGGGGCUCUGCUGGUGCAGGGAUGGAGUUGGGGUCAGUGAGCACUGCUACUGCGGCACAGACAGCCCCAGGUGUUGGAUUUGGCAUGGGCUGUGCCAGGCAGAGCAACCAAGAGCUUUACCUGUACAGAGGGCUUCACGUUCAGCCACGUUCUUAAGGAGUAUGUGUAGUGGCAAAGCAGAACGGUGUCGAUGCUGUUGGUAGGAGAAGAAUGUUGGCAGAUUCACACCCAAGCAACUGGGGUCGAUACUACUAUUAUUUUUUAAAGAGACACUGUAGAAGCCAAUGGAAUUGAGUGCAUUGACCUCUGAAAAGAAGAAUACAGACUAUUCUGUUUAAGCUGUCACAAGCCUCAGACACUUAAUUUGCUGUUAAAUCUCCAAAUAUUAUUGCUAUAUAUUAUUUCCAAAACUAACCACCAUAUAUUUGCAAGCCGUUCUUCUCAUCCAAAUGCAGGGUCUGACUCUCUCAACACCCACCUCGGAGACAUUUUCUUCUUCCUGGGUUCUCUCCAAGUUCAGUAGCAGCUUCAGUGGGAACCAGACUUGCUUCUUUGACCUGUAGUUACUGAACUGUAAAACCUCAUUGUUUUUUGCACUGAUGAUUUUUAGAAUGGAAACCUGUUACCAUCUCAUGUAGCUACACCCAACUGUUUGUAGUGCAUGACAAUUAAAUAUUGCUACCAGGGUGUGUGUGUGUGUGUAUAUCUGUAUAUAUAGAUGUGCAUAUACGUAUGCACACACACACACACACAUAUAUAUAUGUAUGUGUAUAUAUUUAAAGAAAAUAAUCCUGUGCAGAAGUUUUUUCCAGCAGUAAGGAGACUGUAAGGAAGUGUGCCAACAGAGUCGGGCAAGCGUAAGAAAAGGCCAUAUCUUAAUUUUCCUGGUGUGUCUCUCAGUGGAUGUGCCUGAGCUGGUGGUCGGUGCGCUGCUGGAGCCGGGGCUGUGCGUGGCAGAGGGAGCUGCCCACUGUGCUGCAGGUGAGAACAGUGCCUGGUGUGGGGGCUCAGCAAAGAGCCCCGCAGCCCCGUGCCCUCAGCCAGGGGCCCGGCUCCCUCCCUGCACACACCUGAGGGGCCCAUUUACAGGCUCCAGAUGGCCUCUUCACAUGGAGAUUUUAUAGUCCUACUGAGCACCCCGACUACGUGUAACCUGGCUUUCCCCCACCGCACCUUCCUGUAUUUAUAUCACUUUCUACUUCCGAUGAUCUUAUUUAUAACAAAAUUUUUUAGACUGGCUGCUUCAUUUUAUUAACUGUUUCAAUAUAAAGCGCAGGACGGCCGCACUGAGACACGCAGCACUGUGAACACUGCUCUGCUCAUCGGCCCUGGGCCACGGUAGGCAGAUCUCACAUCGGGCACCUCAGACCUGGUGCUCACGGCGCUUUGGGUCGACCGAGGGACAGUGCUGAGCCGAGGCUGCUGCCCACACAGUGCAGCUCCCCGUCCUGCAGCCUGACCGCACACCGCGUAACCACUUCUCUUUGAUAGUUCUUCAAUUACAGAAUGUAUCCGAUGACUUUUAUUACCGAAAACUGACUUCCCUUUCUGUGGACUCAGCUGAGCUCCCUCUGAAUGUACAUCCGGAGCUUACUGGGUUUUAAAACCAAUGUGAAUUGUCCCAGCUUUUUCUUUUUGCUAGUCGAAUGUUCGAUCAAACAGUUGCCAUCCGAGUAGGAAGCCAAGCCACAAUCCAUCCUGUGAAGUCACCAAACCACAUCACAAAAUAAAUGUCUGCAAAUUUGGA